AUGAACCGACUUCCCGACAAAACUCGACAAACUCGACGUGAAACCGGUGCCUUAUCGGCAUAUGCCCAAACAUUCUGUAUUUCUGACGCUGUGACUGAUAAAUUCCAUCGGGUUAUAUUCAGGCUCAUUCAUCAGACAAGGAUCACUGAAAGUGAGGUCUUUGCGGGCGAUAUAAAUACCAAAGUCGCUCUUCUGAGCUUCUUGAAAUCACAACUGGGCGAUCGAUUCGGAGUGGAUUCUGGUUGUACUCCGAUCACCAACUGUUUCUGGCCAGCACUUGAUUCCGAUCAUACCAUGGCGCGAGCAGGGUUGACAAUUCCGUUGUCUCCGGGCCCUUGUAAUAAACUAACGCAAUAUUGGUACCGAGCGCGCGGAGUAAGCAUGGUAACAUAUGAAAGGAGCUACGCUGAUGGCGUUCAAAGUUGUCUGUUUGAAUCAUCCACUAGAAUCAAAUGGCCACUGGAUAUAGUCGAGAUCGAUUGUUUCGAUCGAUGCUGGGAAAUCUAUACCAUCAGGCAACGAUAUUUCGAUCUUAUUGAACAAUGCGCCGGUGGUCACGGUCAAUCUUUGGGUGAUCGGAGUGUGCGGUUUUCGGGCCGAUCUCUUCUAACCCGUCCUUCCUCGGGGGAAGGCAGCAUCGUCGCUUCCAUAAAUAUGGACAUGCUGACCUCUCGUAGCACGAUUACUGUAGUACGGGGGUCUCACUGCUCCUCUUUGGUCUUCCUGGCAUGGUUGAACCUUGUGGAACAAAGUUCCAGCCAAUCAAUUGGGCGACUUUGUGAGAAAUGUGAUGGUAAGUGUGUAAUCUGCGACUCCUAUGUUCGACCUUGCACCUUGGUUCGGAUAUGUGACGAGUGCAAUUAUGGGUCGUACCAAGGACGAUGUGUGAUUUGCGGUGGACCCGGAGUGUCGGAUGCUUAUUACUGUCGUCAGUGUACAUGCAUGGAGAAAGAUCGUGACGGGUGUCCAAAGAUAGUCAACUUGGGAAGUGCGAAAACGGAUUUGUUUUAUGAGCGAAAGAAAUGGCUCAAGUGGUUAGAGCGCGAAUUUACUAACCGGAAGGUCCGUGGUUCGAGUCCGACCUUCGCUACUCGACUUCCCCUGUCUAGGUUUGGGCAACCUGGCAGUAUCCCAGCCCUCGUGUUUCCUUCUGGUGGCAUGACAGGAGUCCGUCACGGAGAGACUGGACCUUACCCUGGUGUGGCGGUUUGUGUACCUCGGGGACCCAUUGAGCUAUACUGGGUGGUGUCCGCGCGACACUCACAGAGUCUCUCAUACCAGGUUGGUCAAUGGUUAGAGAUCUGA